AUGGCUCCCGCAGCCACAGAUACCCAGUGGUCAGUCGAAUACGACACCCUGCGACGGGAGAACCUGUUCAGGAAUCCUCCUACCGAUCACACGGCUUAUCCAUCACUGGCCGAGUCGAUUCGACCGCAUAUCGAUUCCUUCAAUGCUCUCUUCGAGGACAGCAAGAUCCUCGAGGCAGGAUUGAGGGAUAUCGGUACCAAGACCUUCCUCGAUGGUGAAUUAGAAACCUAUGAGCAGAAGAAGGCCCGUCAAGCAGAAGGCAUUCGCCCGCCUAAGCGGAAUCGCUUGAACGUCCGCGUGCGUGAAAUCUUCCUCGAAAAGCCUACCCUGCCCCCCACCAACAAGUACACCACCCGAAAUCGUGAAAUCUACCCUUCGGAAUGUCGAGAGCGCCAUGCGACGUAUCGUGGUAAGCUCCGCGCUCGCCUCGAGUACCAGGUCAAUAAUGGAGACUGGAUGGAGUCUGUCCGCGAGCUGGGUAAUGUCCCCAUCAUGGUGCGCACCAACCGGUGUCACCUUGAAAAGGCCACCCCCGACGAGCUAGUUCGACACAAGGAAGAAUCGGAGGAACUGGGUGGUUUCUACAUCGUCAACGGUAACGAGAAGCUCAUUCGUAUGUUGAUUGUCGGCAAGCGCAACUACCCCAUGUCCAUUAUUCGUGGUUCUUUCGUCAAGCGUGGUCAGACCUACACAAAGUUCGGUGUUCAAAUACGAUCCGUCCGUCCCGAUCAGACUUCGCAGACCAACGUGCUUCACUACCUCUCCGAUGGAAACGUCACCUUCCGUUUCUCAUGGCGCAAGAAUGAAUACCUUAUCCCCGUGAUGAUGAUCCUCAAGGCACUUGCUGAGACCAACGACCGCGAAAUCUUCGAGGCCAUUGUUGGUGGUGCUUCCUCCAAGGGAAUGAACAACACUUUCGUCACUGACCGUGUCGAGCUUUUGUUGAGAACCUACCACGCCUACCAGAAGCACAGCCAGUACGAUUGUCGAUCUCACCUGGGCAAGGCUUUCCGACCUGUGCUCGGAGUGCCCGCUGACAUGCCCGACGAGGAAGUUGGCACAGAGUUCCUCCGCAAGGUUGUUCUGCCCCAUCUUGGCAAUGAGAAUGUCACCGAGUCGCAAGAUUGGGACAAGUUCAAGUUGAUUACCUUCAUGAUUCGCAAGCUUUACUCUACUGUUGCAGGAGACUGUGCUCCCGACAAUCCCGAUGCCGUCUCCAACCAAGAGAUUCUGCUUGGUGGCUUCCUUUACGGAAUGAUUCUUAAGGAACGUAUUGAGGAGUGGCUCCGUUCAUUCGGUCCCAUUGCCCGAGACUGGUCCAUCCGCAACAAUGGGGCAAAGUUCACCGAUGAAGCAUUUGAGCGAGACUUCCUUUCCAAGAUCGUCAAGCGAUCAAACGAGAACAUUGGUAAUGCGCUCGAAUACUUCCUCUCCACCGGUAACUUGGUCAGUCCUACGGGUCUUGAUUUGCAACAAACUUCAGGUUACACUGUCAUUGCAGAGAAGAUCAACUUCUACCGUUUCAUCAGUCAUUUCCGCAUGAUUCACCGUGGUAGUUUCUUCGCUCAGUUGAAGACCACCACUGUCCGCAAACUGUUACCAGAAAGUUGGGGCUUCCUUUGCCCCGUUCACACUCCUGAUGGAUCGCCUUGCGGUCUGCUCAACCAUUUGUCGCACAAGUGUUUAAUCGCCACAGACAACCUGGAUGUAUCUCAUCUGCCUCGCACUUUGGUUCAGCUUGGUGUCCGGUCUGAGUCUUCAGUGGCUCUGGACGAGAGCGUGGUCGUUCAGUUGGAUGGCCGAAUCAUUGGUUACUGCUCGCCCAAGCAGGCCCAGAGAAUCGCCGAUACCAUCCGGUACUGGAAGGUCGAAGGCAAAAACAACAUCCCUCGUGAAUUGGAAGUUGGAUAUAUUCCCAACUCAAGCGGCGGACAAUACCCAGGUGUCUACAUGUUCUCCCAAUCAGCGAGAAUGUACCGCCCUGUUAAGUAUCUGGCGCUGGAUAAGCUGGAUUACGUCGGACCAUUCGAGCAGCCCUUCAUGGAGAUUGCCUGUGUGGAGUCUGACUUGAUCCCCGGUCUUUCGACCCAUAUCGAGUUCACGCCCACGAACAUCCUCUCCAUCGUCGCGAACAUGACCCCCUUCUCCGACUACAACCAAUCUCCACGUAACAUGUACCAGUGUCAGAUGAGCAAACAAACCAUGGGUACGCCAGGUACCUCAAUUGCUCACCGUACCGACAACAAGCUGUACCGCAUCCAAACGGGUCAAACGCCAAUUGUGCGGCCACCUCUCUACAACGCUUACGGUCUGGACAACUUCCCCAACGGUAUGAAUGCAGUUGUGGCUAUUAUCUCCUACACCGGAUACGACAUGGACGACGCUAUGAUUAUCAACAAGUCCGCACACGAACGUGGCUUCGGUCACGGUACAGUCUACAAGACCAAGGUUGUUACUUUAGCCGAGAACGACUCCCGCCGCAACAAGUCCAAGCGUGAGGUCACUAAGCUGUUCGGAUUCGCCCCCGGCGACGAGAUCAAAGACCAGGUGCGCAACACUAUCGACGAAGAUGGAAUGCCGCACCUGGGUGCUCGUGUUAAGGAAGGUGAUAAGAUCGCGGCCUGGCACAAUGUCCGCUUUGAUCCCGCCUCCGACACGUACGUCAACGUCGAUGGAGUCACCCACUACAUGAAAUACAAGGAUGCCGAGGAAGGCUACGUCGAUAGCAUCCGCAUCAUGGGUUCCGAGUCUGGCAACGAGCCUGCUCAAUCGCUCAGCAUCAAGUACCGCAUUCCCCGAAAGCCCGUCAUUGGUGACAAGUUCUCCUCUCGUCACGGUCAGAAGGGUGUUUUGUCUCAACUCUGGCCUGCAGUCGACAUGCCCUUCUCCGAGAGCGGCAUGCAGCCCGAUCUGAUCAUCAACCCUCACGCUUUCCCAUCCCGUAUGACAAUCGCUCAAAUGAUCGAGUCCAUGGCCGGCAAAGCCGGUGCCAUGCACGGUCUCCCGCAAGACUCCACUCCCUUCCAAUUCUCCGAAGAAAACACGGCAACCGACUACUUCGGCGAGCAGCUCCGCAAAGCCGGCUACAACUACUACGGCAACGAGCCGUUAUACAGCGGUGUCACGGGCCGCGAGUUCUCCGCCGACAUCUACAUGGGUCUGGUCUACUACCAGCGUCUCCGUCACAUGGUGAACGACAAGUUCCAAGUGCGUACGACUGGUCCUGUCAAUGCGCUCACGGGCCAGCCCGUGAAGGGUCGUGCGAAGGGUGGUGGUAUCCGUGUCGGAGAGAUGGAGCGUGAUUCGCUCAUUGCUCACGGUGCGGCCUUCUUGCUGCAGGAUCGUCUGAUGAACUGCUCCGACGCCCAGCAUACCUGGAUCUGUCGCUGCUGUGGCUCCUUCCUGUCUACGCAGGUUGCUGUUUCCGGCUCAUCCCGCUCCCGCACUGCUAUCAACCCUGGUGCUGCGGCUGCGGCUGCCAAGGUUGCUCCUAACCAGCAGAGCGCUAAUGCUCAUGCUGGUGCUGCGAUUGGUGCUGUGGGCGGUGUCAAUGGUGUUGUGCGCUGCCGUCGUUGCGCCCGUGAGGCUACCUUCGAUGACUCCCGUGCUGAGGUCUGGGAAGAUGGUGAUGGACACCGCUAUGUGGGCGGUGACGACGUUACUAUCGUUGCUGUGCCUGGUGUGCUGCGGUACUUGGAUGUCGAGUUGGCGGCUAUGGGUAUCAGGAUGAAGUUCUUGGUGAAUAACUGA